AUGGCGGAACCCGCAGCCCAGGCGCCACCACCCGCACCCGCACCGCCGUCGACAGCCGUAUCGCGGCGACCUUUUGCAUUAGUUCUUAUUGAUGCAGAUGCAGAAGGCUUCUUGUUCCAAGACAAAUAUCUCACAAAGAAAGCCCAGGGCGGCGAAGCCUUGGCCGAUGAACUCAUGGUCCGGACACGUGAAUACCUAAGAGCACAAUUCGAAGACGCAGAUGCUAUGGACAUUAUAGUGCGCGUGUACUCUAACCUAGAAGGUAUGGCGAACUUCCUCGUAAAGCUCGACAAAGUGCGAAAUCUCGGCCAAUUGCGGGCUUUCUCAACGGGCUUCUGCGGUCGGAUAUCGAGCUUUGAUUGGAUCGACACUGGCGUUGCAAAGGAAGGUGGUGCAGGAAGAAAAGUCAGGGAAAACCUCGCCUUCUACACAUCGAACUCUCACUUACGGCACGUCCUUGUCGCCUGCUCGCCUAUCGAUCUCCCUACAUCAAUGUUCACCACUCUCCCCCUGGACAAAGUUACCCUGAUUGAGUCAUUACCACUGCCACCAGCACUCACUGCACUACCCAUCAAAGUAACCAAAUUCGCCUCUAUUUUUGUUCCACCGCCACCUAUCAAAAGUCCCAAAUCAAGAGACCGGGACCGGGAGCGUGGCCGUAACGGCCCACAGCUCCAGCUCAUGCAGCAAGAAGACGACGGUAACGGUGCAACGUGGCUAGUUAUUCAACCAGAUGGUCAUCACUCACGGAGUAAAAGCCAAGGAGGAGCGUUACGGAGGAAAGGACACAGCGACGACGACACAGAGAGUCUGAACAUUAGCAUUGGGCCAAACAACACUGUCAGUGUUGAUAGUGGAAGGCGGAGAAGGCUUAUGUAA